AUUGCACUCUCCAUCGCGUGAAAAAAAGUUUUCAUUUGAGCGCUAACUAACCCUUGCGAAGGAGCUACACCAUGUCGUCCGAGCCGGAGAAUCCAUCGUCAUCCACCGCGACGCCACCUGAGGAAUCAGGAGAGAAGAUCAGCAAAAAGGCAGCCAAGAAGGAAGCCGCGAAGCUCGAGAAGCUACGCCGCCGUCAGGAGAAAGAAGAAGAAGAAGCCUCACGCAAGACAGCUUCCCUCUCCAUCGAGGAAGAAUCGUUCUCCAGAAACUACGGCGACGUCACUCUCAACGAGCUAAAAUCCACGGAGGAUCCCAAAGCCGGGAAGUGGAGAGAGGCCGUCGAGGGGAAGGAGUGGACCGACGUGAGGGAGCUUGUGGAGGCGAUGGCGGGGACGGAGGUUCUGAUCAGGGGGAGAGUGCACACGUAUCGACACGUGUCCAGCAAAAAAGGGUUUCUGAUCGUGAGGCAAAAAUGGUCCAGGGUUCAAUGUGUGGUUACUGAGUCGAAGGAGAAUCAUGUGAGUGUCAACAUGGUUAAGUUCGUUAAGCAGCUGAAUAGCGAGUCGUUUGUUGAUGUGAUUGGUUACGUUGUUCUCCCUAAGGAUCCUGUGACGGGCGCCACGCAGCAGGUUGAGAUUCAAGUGAGGAAAGUGUACUGCGUCAACAGUGCCUUGCAACAGUUGCCACUUUAUGUCGAGGACGCUGCUCGUAGUGAAGCAGACAUUCAGGCUGGGAAGCCUGGUGCCAAUCAGGAUACCCGCUUGAACCUAAGAGUGAUUGAUCUCAGAACUGCGGCUAAUCAAGGAAUCUUCAGCAUUCAGGGCUGGACUCAAAUUGGAUGGAGAGAAUGCUUACUACGUAAGGGUUUUAUUGAAAUCCACUCACCGAAACUGUUGGCUGGUAGUAGUGAAGGUGGUUCUGCUGUAUUUAGGUUAGACUACAAAGGGCAGCCUGCUUGUCUAGCUCAGUCUCCUCAGCUUCAUAAGCAGAUGGCAAUAUGUGCUGACUUUGAACGCGUCUUUGAGGUUGGUGCUGUUUACAGAGCUGAAGACUCGUUCACCCAUAGACACCUGUGUGAAUUUAUUGGUCUUGAUGUGGAGAUGGCGAUUCACAAACACUACUCUGAGAUAAUGGAUCUUGUGGGCGAGUUGUUUCCGUUCAUAUUCAAUAAAAUAAACGAGAAUUGCCAAAAGGAACUUGAAGCUAUUAGGAAGCAAUACCCAUUUCAGCCCUUGAAGUUUCUUCCAAAAACAUUGAGAUUAACCUUUGCAGAAGGGAUUCAAAUGCUUAAGGAAGCUGGUGUCGAGGCUGAUCCUCUGGGAGAUCUAAAUACAGAAACAGAGAGAAAACUUGGCCUUCUCGUUCUGGAGAAGUACAAUACGGAAUUCUACAUUCUGCAUCGCUAUCCUUCGGCGGUUAGGCCAUUUUACACUAUGCCAUGUGCAGACGACCCUAACUACAGCAACUCAUUCGAUGUCUUCAUAAGAGGUGAGGAGAUCAUAUCAGGAGCUCAACGUGUACAUGACCCAGAACUCUUGACGGAACAGGCAAAACGAUUUGGGAUUGAUGUGGAGACAAUAAAAACGUACAUCGAUUCAUUCAGGUACGGUGCACCACCUCACGGCGGAUUCGGAGUGGGACUGGAGCGAGUGGUAAUGCUGUUUUGUGGACUCAACAACAUCCGCAAGACAUCGCUGUUCCCUCGUGACCCGCUAAGGCUCGCUCCCUAAUAUCUUUUCAUCUCAAAGCUAAAAGCGUGGAUCAUUUGCCAGACUCGGCAGAUUUUUCUCUCAUGAAUAUGUUGAGAGAGUUUUAAUGGAUUUUAUAGUCUCUAACUGAUUCUUGCCCUUUAAGUGCAAAGUGAAACUUGAUUUAGUUAUGUGAUACUUGCGCUUCAUUCGCAUUACCGAGUAAAACUUUAUUCAUAAAUAAUUGAUUAUGAUCAA